AUGAUUUGCAAAACCCGAACCGAUCCUAUUGCAUACUUUGCGCUCCAGGCAAAUCUCUCGCCCGCGAAAGCCGCGGAACUCUGGCCUUCUUUGGAGGAGCUCGCCAGGAACGCCAGCAUCGACUACUUGGUGUCCCCGGCCGUGAACUUCGCAGAAUACGACCCCAUCGUCUGGCUGCAUGACUUCUUCGAGGAAUGUCAAGGCUGCAAGGUUGAUGCUGUCGCUUUCCACACCUACACCUGCCACGGGAAAUACCUCAAGGAUCACAUCGAGCUGUACAAGGUCUUCGGGAAGCCACUCUGGCUCACGGAGUUCGCGUGCAGUGAGGCUGCUUCCCCCGAGCGCCUGCCUGCGGAGGGUCAGAUGGCCUUCAUGCGUGAAGCAAUCCCUUUGCUGGAGCAGGAGAAGUGUUUGGGGGUUUUCGGUACGGUUGAGGGACUGGGGUUUAAACUGUUUGGCGUACAGGAUUUUGGUACUAGGCUUAUGAGCAGAGGAGGUUGUUUUCUCAAUUAG